AUGCGCGACUUAAGACGUGGACAACGUGUGGAUGCUGAGGACGUGGUGGAUUUUCAGCCCUUUGCGGCCAUAGUGGCUGCAGUUAAGAUUCCAGAGCAUUUGCAAACUCUGACUUUGGACAUGUAUGGGGGAGAUACCGACCCAAUCAACCAUUUACGGUAUUUUAAUACUAAAAUGGUCAUUGGCGGGGCGUCCGACGCUGUGAAGUGCAGAUUGUUACCUUCAACGUUUAAGGGCGUGACAAUGACUUGGUUUAUCAAACAACCUCCAUAUUCCAUUUCCAACUUCACUGAUUUGUCAACUAAGUUUUUAACACAAUUUUCGGCCAAUCAAGCACAAAAGGCAACCCCGGCUGAUUUAUUCAAUAUUCGCCAACAGGUGGGCAAGCGUAUCAAAACAUACAUGGAUCGAUUUAGCAGAGUUUCAGUGCAGUUAGAGGACGCCAGUCCGGAGGUAUGUGUGGGGGCCUUAAAAAAUGGGCUCAGAUGCGGCUCGUUGAACAAAGAUUUAACCAGAAGACUCGCCAAAGAUAUGAUGGAUUUGCGUGCACGGGUACAGGAAUUUAUCUUGGUUGAACAUGAUGAGCAAACUAAGAAAGAUAGGGACAAUUGGCGGGCUCAACCAGACGUUUCAGCGGAAAAGGGGCGCGCUCCUAAAGAACAACUCCCCGCUCAAACACCGCGCCAGCCAAGGCGCCGCCCUAUCCUUCAGGCAAACAGGGGCCACAAAGUAACACUUGGCAUCGAAACAGUCAACCUGCUUCGGUGA